AGUCUGACUGAAGCCGAACCCAAAAGGGAAGCAAAAAUGAGGGCUUCGAUAAUCUCCUCUCACUCUCACUCUCACUCUCACUCUCUCCUUCUCCGCUCAGUCCCCUCCUCCUUCUCCACCUUCUUCUCUAAACCCUCCGCCACCGCCGCCUUCUCCACAGUUUGUUUCCAUCAAUUUAAGCCCAGCAGUUCAACCUUCCUCACUCGCAAGUCUCCUCACUAUUCCCGCCCUUUCACUCCCUCCACAUCCCUUUCCUUCUCUCGCUUUUUCUCCUCCACCGUUUCCGGUCCCUCCGAGGUCAGAUUUGAUGAAGGUGACGAUGAAAUUGAAGACAAAGACGAAAGUGAUUACGAAGAUGAAGUUGAAAUGGAAGAUUCCGUUGGGGAUGGAACGGAAAACGGUGUGGCUUCGGAGCUGUCUUCGCCGGUUAUGAAUAGAAAUGAAGUGAAGAAUAUUCCGAGCUUGACGAUUAAGGAGAAGAAGGAGCUGGCAUCGUAUGCUCAUGGUUUGGGGAAGAAGCUGAAAAGUCAGUUGGUGGGAAAGUCUGGCGUCACUCCUGGUUUGGCUACUUCUUUCAUCGAGACACUUGAAGCCAACGAGCUUCUUAAGAUCAAAAUUCUCGGAAACUGUCCAGAGGAUCUUGAGGAUGUGGUUAGGAAAUUGGAGGAAUCAACUGGCUCUGUGGUGGUGAAUCAGAUUGGCAGAACUGUUAUUAUUUAUAGGCCCAGCAUCACCAAAAUGAAAGCUGAGGAAGAAAAACGACGUUCCCGAAAAAUUUAUAUUAGGAAAGAGCCUGAUCGAGUCAAAUCCAUUUUGCAGAAGAAAGUAGAAACACCUCGAAGUUCAAACCGUGGUCGUCGUGGAACCAGCAGGUAUAUUAAUCUGGAGUAGGAUUCACAUCUAGCAAGUUUAUUUUGGAGGAACAAAUUUUGAAUUUUCAUCCCAAUGUAAGUUUUGUUCAUCCCAUUCUUGUUCUUGUAGUUCCACUAGUUUUGAUUUAAUUCAUUAAUGUUGAGAUUUUUA